AGCUAAUAAACGUCAUUUAAAAUGAGUAAGGCUACACAGAAAGGGCAUGCAUGGGGAAGAUGGGUCCGUGAAGCGGUUUCUUGUGUGCUGCCUCGCUGACUGAUUUUUGAUCUACUGAUGCUGGUAUAAUGAACCGCGUAGCCAGCGGGGCGUCCUGCGUCCUGGGAUGCAGCUUCGGGGCAGGCGAUGUAUAACCGGAGCACCCAGGUCACAACAACAACAGCAGCAGCGGCGGAGAUGGCGGCGAUCGCGCAAAACAUGUGCGCACGGUGCCGAGGAACGGAUGAGAGCUGAUGGCGAUCACCCUCUGUGAUAUCCCGAAACUCACACCUGGCGUUUAGAGAUGGGAAAUGGCCCAUGGUGGAUCGUUUAAGGGAUGAUUUAAAGAGGGCAUCCGGCGCCUCCGCACUGCGAUCUCCUGUUUAUCUGCGUCGACGCGCUGGGUGACUGUGCGGCGCCCAGUCCCCCUCGCAUCAGUAACAUUUGCGGGCGUUUGCGGUCGGUGUGCCGCCUUUAAAGCGAAUUGGCUGUUGAUGGACCUGCCCUGUGAGGAGGCGGAGUCAGAAUGGGACAGAGCACAUCGGAACAGGAGUCGGACCCCACCGAGGAAGGGCUGCUCAACCUCAAGGCUUUUGUGGAAGAUCAGCUUCAAACCAGCAUGAUGGUGGGGAUCGUGAUUGGUGCCGGCGUUGCUGUCGUCCUCAUCGCCGUCCUCAUCUUCCUUGUCCUCCGCAGGAUCCAGCUCCGCAAUCUUCAAGCUCAGGAGGCCCCAAAGUACAGAUUUCGCAAGAGGGACAAAGUCAUGUUCUACGGACGCAAGAUCAUGCGCAAGGUGUCCCAGUCUACCUCGUCUCUGGUGGGCACCACCUCCUCCUCCCGGCCCCGCCUUAAGAAGAAGCAGAAGAUGCUCAACAUUGCCAAAAAAAUCCUGCGCUUUAAGAAGGAGGUGCCCACCCUGCAGAUGAAGGAGCCCCCCCCGUCCGUUCUGGAGGCCGACCUGACUGAGUUUGACGUGGCCAAUUCCCAUCUGCCCUCGGAGGUGCUCUACAUGCUGAAGAAUGUACGGGUGCUGGGCCACUUUGAGAAGCCACUUUUCCUGGAGCUCUGCAAGCACAUGGUAUUCCUGCAGUUCCAGCAGGGGGAGUAUGUGUUCCGUCCCGGGCAGCCGGACAAUAGCAUCUAUGUGGUGCAGGAUGGCAAGCUGGAGCUCUGCCUCACCAGCCAGGACGGUAAGGAGAGUGUGGUGAAGGAGGUGUUUCCGGGCGACAGUGUGCACAGUCUGCUCAGCAUCUUGGACGUCAUCACUGGUCACCAGAAGCCGUACCGCACCAUGUCGGCACGAGCGGCCGAGGUGUCCACCGUGUUGCGGCUGCCCGUCGAGGCCUUCCUCUCCAUCUUCGAAAAGUACCCCGAGAGCCUGGUGCGGGUGGUGCAGAUCAUCAUGGUGCGUCUCCAGAGGGUCACAGUCUUGGCUCUGCACAACUACCUGGGUCUGACCAAUGAGCUCUUCAGCCAUGAAAUGCAGCCCCUGCGUCUGCCGUCUGCCUCCCCCCACCCGUCCAGGACCAGCCCCGUCCGGCACAGCAGGAGGUUUUGCAGCAUGGUUGAGGAGCCCCGUGAUGCCGUGGCCAAGCUGGAGGGAGCAGGGGCGGAGCCAGGCAAGGACGGGGUUCCUCCCAUGCUGAGCCGGGCCGUGUCCAUGCCCGUGGACAUCGCAGGCAUGCAGAAGAGUGGAGUGCGGUCGGACUUCGACAUGGCGUAUGAGAGGGGCCGCAUCUCCGUGUCCGCUGAGGAGGGGGCCCCUGCCGCUCACGCCUUCACGCGGCUGGUGGGGCAGGAGCAGCGGGAAAGAAAGUCGGUGACGGUGGAGGAGGUCCCGUCGGGGGUGUACCUGUACCCUGAGGAGGAGAGCCCGGAGGAGUUGCUGCCCAGUCGGGGCUCCGGAUCGCUUUUUGAGGAGGCCCAGAAGGAGAUCCAGAAGCUCAUGAAUAUCGAGGACCCCGCACUGCUGAGCGGACGGGUGUCGCAGCACUACGCCAAGGCCGGAGCAGUUCUCGCUCGCCAGGGCGACCAGGACGUGAGCCUGCACUUUGUGCUGUCGGGCUGCCUGCACGUGUACCAGCGCAUGAUCGACAAGCUGGAAGACGUGUGCCUGUUUGUGACGCAGCCGGGUGAGAUGGUUGGCCAGCUGGCCGUGCUUACAGGGGAGCCCCUCAUCUUCACCAUCAAGGCUGUCCGAGACUGCACCUUCCUCAAGAUCUCCAAGUCCGACUUCUACGAGAUCAUGCGGGAGCAGCCCAGCGUGGUCCUGAGUGCCGCCCACACCGUGGCCAUACGCAUGUCCCCCUUCGUGAGGCAGAUGGACUUCGCCAUCGACUGGAUGGCGGUGGAAGCGGGGCGCGCCCUCUACAGGCAAGACGACCAGUCUGACUGCACCUACAUCGUCCUGAACGGCCGCCUGCGAUCCGUCAUCCGCAAGGCCAACGGGAAGAAGGAGCUGGUGGGAGAGUACGGCCGCGGGGACCUCAUCGGGGUGGUGGAGGCGCUGACGCACCAGCCUCGAGCCACGACGGUGCACGCGGUGCGGGACACGGAGCUGGUGAAGCUGCCAGAGGGGGCGCUGAAUAACAUCAAGCGGAGAUACCCGCAGGUGGUCACCAGGCUGAUCCACCUCCUGGGCCAGAAGAUCCUUGGGAACCUGCAGCAGACCCGGGGCCCUUUCUCCGGGUCGGCGCUGGGCCUGUCCAGCAUGGCCUCCAGCCCUGACGUCACCAACCCUGCCAGCAAUCUCUCCACGGUGGCCGUGCUGCCUGUGUGUGACGAUGUGCCGAUGAACGCCUUCAACCUAGAGCUCAGCCACGCGCUCAGUGCCAUUGGUCCCACCCUGCUACUAACAAGUGACAUCAUCCGGGAGAGACUGGGGGCAUCAGCUCUGGACAGCAUCCAUGAGUACCGCCUGUCGGGCUGGCUGGCCCAGCAGGAGGACAUCCACCGCAUCGUGCUCUACCAGACGGACAACAGCAUGACGCCCUGGACCCAGCGCUGUAUCCGGCAGGCCGACUGCAUCCUCAUCGUGGGGCUGGGGGACCAGGAGCCGGCGCUGGGCCAGCUGGAGCAGAUGCUGGAGAACACGGCGGUGCGAGCCCUGAAGCAGCUGGUGCUGUUGCACCGCGAAGACGGCCCGGGACCCUGUCGCACGGUGGAGUGGCUCAACAUGCGCAGCUGGUGUUCGGGCCACCUGCACCUGAAGUGCCCCCGCAGGGUGUUCUCCCGCCGCGGCCCUACCAAGCGGAGGGAGGUCUACGAGAAGGUCUUUGAGAAGACGGCAGACAGGCACAGUGACUUCUCCCGCCUGGCCCGCGUCUUGACGGGGAACAGCAUCGCCCUGGUCCUCGGAGGGGGUGGGGCUAGGGGCUGCUCUCAUGUGGGCGUGAUCAAAGCCAUGGAGGAUGCGGGCAUCCCUAUCGACAUCGUCGGUGGCACCUCCAUCGGCUCGUUCAUCGGUGCGCUGUACGCCGAGGAGCGCAGCGCAGUGCGGACCAAGCAGAGGGCGCGCGAAUGGGCUAAGGGCAUGAAUUCGGUGUUUAAGACAGUCCUGGACCUCACCUACCCCAUCACCUCCAUGUUCUCAGGCUCUGCUUUCAACACCAGCAUCUACAAGGUCUUCCAGGACAAACAGGUGGAGGACUUGUGGCUGCCCUACUUCAACGUGACCACGGACAUCACGGCCUCAGCCAUGCGCGUGCACAAGGACGGCUGUGUCUGGCGCUAUGUUAGAGCGAGUGCCUCCUACACCCCUUACUUACCGCCACUCUGCGACCCCAAAGACGGCCACCUGCUUGUGGAUGGCUGCUAUGUAAACAAUGUCCCAGGCUCUCUGUGGCGCUAUGUCAGGGCGAGCAUGACCCUGUCCGGGUACCUGCCUCCCCUGUGUGACCCCAAAGACGGCGACUUGCUCAUGGAUGGAGGGUACACUAACAACCUCCCAGCCGACAUCGCCCGCAGCGUGGGCGCCAAGACGGUCAUCGCCAUUGAUGUGGGCAGCCAGGAUGAGACCGAUCUGUGCAACUAUGGCGACUGCCUGUCCGGCUGGUGGCUUCUCUGGAAACGCAUCAACCCCUGGGCCGAGAAAGUCAAGGUCCCGGACAUGGCGGAGAUCCAGUCGCGCCUGGCGUACGUGUCGUGCGUGCGCCAGCUGGAGCUGGUGAAGAAGAGCUCUUACUGUGAGUACAUCCGGCCGCCCAUCGACCGCUUCAAGACCAUGGACUUCGGCAAGUUCGACGAGAUCCAUGAUGUCGGCCUGCAGCACGGUAAAGUCUUGUUCUCCGGCUGGGCUCGGGGUGACAUCAUCAACAACAUGCUGAAAGACCAUCGCUCUGCUGACUACAAUGACGGCAAGAAGGCGGAUACCUGCACAUGUCCCGGGGCGGACUUCACCGACCUGGCUGAGAUCGUGUCCCGAAUCGAGCCGGUGCAAAGCUACGUGUCCGCCGAGGCGGAGGAGUCUGACUGCCUGACUGAGUUUGAGGAGGACGGCAUUGACACGGUGCGGGAGGAAGACGAGGAGGAGGAAGAGGAGGCAGAAGAAGCCGAGGACCAGUCCCCCGGGGAUUGGGGGCCAAACGGGGUUUUCCACACGGACGAAGAAAAGUCAGUGCGACAGCGGAGGAAGCUGCCCAACGACUCCAACACCUGUUCCGAGAUAUCCGACUGCUGACAGGGGGCCGGAGCCGGAGACAGGGCCGGAACCGGAGACAGGGCCGGAGCCGGAGACAGGGCCGGGCCGGUAACUCCCCUGGGAUGAGCUGAUCAGAAACGACUUGGAGACACAGUGCCAUAAGGUGGCGCCCCCUGCAGCCCGACCUCAUUGAAGCUUAAUUUAUUUUGUUCCUAUUCCCUGGUAUGGUGAACCUUUGACCUCUACACUGACCCCUGACAACCUCCACCUUUCAACUCCAUGACGCCACACGAUAGUGAGCAGUAUAACAGGAAACGGUUUUAUCCAGAGAGACGCCUGGCCCACCCAGAGCCGCCAGGCUGCCUUUCGUCCCCCCCCCCCCCCCAUGGACUGAUGACCCCCUUCUCCCCGGAAACCCUAAGCCUCGCACCCCGCCCUGCAGUCCCGCCCCAAGCAGUACCAGACAGUACACAUCUUAGCACGCUUGCACGCACAACGAGCCCGCCACCCCCCUGCCAGGAAGCCCAUUCAUCCACUGCCUUUCUGUUGACACUGUUUCUGGGCCGGGGGGGGGGGGCACCCUUGGCUCAGACUGUCCGCCAGACGCCCGCCCUGCUCAUUUUACUGUCCAUUUUGGCCUUUUAACCCCCAGACGGAUCUCCGCUGCAUCCACGUCAGAAGUUAUGUACAUAGAGUCCCUUUUUUUAAGCAUCGCUUAGCUGUUUGCACUGAUUCUGAUGUAGAGUAAUUCCUCUAGGGUGAAGUUUUUUAGUUUUAUUUUUGAUCUGAUAUAAAUGGCAAUAUGAUAAAUACAUAUGGCCGAUAUGAGAUUAAUGAAGGAAUGUAUAAAGGAGGGUAUUAAAACACUGAACAAUAAAUGUUCCUUAACUCCACA